AUGAGUGACAGACCAAAUCGUGAGGCGGAUAAUCAAUCGCCAGAUGUUGAUCCUACUCAGAAAACAAACUCGGAAAACAAAAUGUCGUACACAUUUAAUAAAAAUGAAGGUCAUGGUAAAGAAUUUAUUGAUAUUGAUGCUGAUACCGCACCAUACAGUCAAGAUGCUGAAGGGUAUGAUAUCUCAAGACGUGUAAAGCCUCAAGCUGGCGAACUUAGAGAAAAUACCAAUAUCAUCAAAUCCGCUUUCCAUAUUUUUAAGGCCAACGUCGGCACUGGAGUAUUCAUAUUACCAAAUUUCUACAAAGAUGCCGGAUUCAUCGCAUCGGUGUUCCUGGGGCUAAUGAUUGGGACGAUUGUGAUAGACUGUACACAACUAUUACUGCAAACCAAGCUAAAGAUUAAUCGGAACGAUACAACAACCUACUCUAGUAUUUCCCGGUACGUUUUUGGACCUUUUUUGAGUUGGUUUCUUUUUUGUGCACUUUGCUUGACCCAAUUUGGCUUUUGUUUGAUGUAUUCCCAGCUCUUUUCGGUCACGAUGGAUGAGUUGUUGAGUUUUUCAUACUCCGGCUUCGUUUGGCCAACCGUGAUGCUGCUUAUGGUAUUUCCCAUGACGUGUUUUUCCCAUAAUCUUUCCGUGUUGUCCUCGGCCUCGGUGUUGGCGACGAUUGGGGUGACCUACGCGUUGCUGAGUUGUGUGGUGCGCAGUGGAAUUGAAAUCUAUCAUAACCACGGCAAAGCCCAUCCAACGUGCAAUGCAUUCGGUAAAAAUAUUCCCGUUGGCUGGUUUAACAAUCUCGCGAAUAACAUGAUGGUCCUUGAGGGGAUUGGGAUUGUAUUGCCGGUGCACGCCGCGUGUAAUCAAAAGAGAUUGGUUCCCAAUAUGACGAUUGUGGUACUGGGGCUGGUGAUUGCGGCGUAUCUUUUGAUUGGGAUCAUGGGAUAUUCCGCGUUUGGCAGCACUUUGGAGACUUCAUUAGUGACUGGAAUGAAGCAUGAUCUCUGGGGCUUCAGCAUUCGCGUCUUUUUUAUAAUUAAUAUCGUCUUUACCUACCCCGUACAGUUCAUGUCCGCCAUGCAGUUGAUUGAUCAAGUCAUUAAAAGUACACCGGGAAGUAAAAUGGGAUUAGGUCUUCGCUUAGGCAUCAAUCUCAUAAUUUGGGUGAUUUCAUUUAGCAUUGGUGGGAAAGCCGUAAAUAUGGUCCUUUCUCUUAUUGGCGCUAUACCUUCGACCUGGAUUGUGUUGAUUAUUCCAAGCGUCAUGCGUUCCCAUGUUGACUACGCCGUCGAACACCCGGAUGAGGAUCGAUCAAGUUUAAAAUACUGGAAAGUCGCUAUUAUCGGGGUUCCAGGAAGGCGCUUUACGUGGCUACGCAUUAGAUGUAUUUCUUAUUGCAUAUUAGCAAUAUUAAUUAUGGUAAUUGGUACAUACAGCAUUUUUAACUAG